GUAAAACAUGAGAUGGUAGCAUGAGAAUUCUUUAUAGUGUGGGUAAUAUGAAAUAACCAAUAGUCUGGUUGUGGCAGUGGCAGUUUAUAAUUUUACGCGUCAUAUAUGGGCAGAUGAAGAAUUGUAUUCAUUGCAAUAAAUGUUUUCACAGAAAUAUGGUUAUAUUUAGUAUAUGACGACUUCAGUAUUUUGGAGCACGGAGCAGUGCCACUCCCUUAUAAUAUUUAUACAUUUUUAUUGUAUCUGAUAAUUGGAAAAAUGGAAGAUAUUUUUCAAUGGUGUCGUGAAGGCAAUGCUAUGCAAGUGCGUGUUUGGUUGGAUGACACUGAACAUGAUAUGAAUCAAGGGGAUGAUCAUGGAUUUAGUCCACUCCAUUGGUGUUGCAAAGAAGGACACUUAAAAUUGGCAGAAUUAUUAGUUAGCAGAGGAGCACGUAUUAAUGCUACUAACAGAGGAGAUGAUACUCCUCUUCAUCUUGCUUCUGCUCAUGGACACAAAGAAAUAGUUCAAUUGUUGCUUAGGAAUCGUGCAGAUGUCAAUGUUACAAAUGAACAUGGCAACACUGCUCUUCAUUAUGCAUGCUUUUGGGGUGAUCAAGCAGUUGCUGAAGAAUUAGUAGCUGCUGGUGCUCUUGUAUCUAUUGCAAAUAAAGAUGGAGAUACUCCUUUAGAUAAAGCACGAGGUCACUUAGCCAAAAGAUUACAUGAUUUAGCUGUAGAAUAUGGACAAGAUUUAAAGAAGAUUCAGUUUAAAGAUCAAAGCUGGCUAGGUCUAAAAACUAGAAGUCGUGAUGCUACAUUAUCACGACACAAAGGAAUAAAUAUGGCAGAUCUAUCUCUACAUACUCGAUUAGCUAGUACACCAAGCGGUGAAACAUGGCGUGGACGUUGGCAAAAUAAUGAUAUUGUAGCAAAAAUUUUGAAUAUACGUGAAUGCACGGCUCGAAUUUCAAGGGACUUUAAUGAAGAAUUUCCGAAAUUACGAAUUUUUUCACAUCCCAAUGUAUUACCUGUACUUGGUUGUGUUAAUCAACCACCAAAAUUGGCUACAGUUUCGCAAUAUAUGGCGCGUGGAAGUUUGCAUAGGCUUUUACAUGGAGGUACAGGUGUCGUUGUUGAUACUGCGCGUGCACUUAGGCUUGCUCUUGAUGUUGCAAGAGCUAUGGCAUUUCUUCAUGGGCUUGAAAGACAAAAUAGAUGCAGAUUUCAUCUCAAUAGUAAACAUAUAAUGAUAGAUGAAGAUUUAACAGCUCGCGUAAAUAUGGCGGACUCGAAAUUUUCAUUCCAAGAGGUAGGUCGAAUUUAUGAACCAGCAUGGAUGUCUCCAGAAGCUUUAAGUAAACGUCCAGCAGAUAUAAAUCUCGAGGCCAGUGAUAUGUGGAGUUUCGCUGUUUUAUUAUGGGAACUUGCGACUAGAGAAGUUCCAUUCGCAGAUCUUUCGCCAAUGGAAUGUGGCAUGAAAAUCGCAUUAGAAGAUUUACGCGUUAGUAUACCUCCAGGAAUUUCACCACAUCUUGCUAAGCUUAUUAGGAUUUGUAUGAAUGAAGAUCCAGGAAAACGUCCAUCUUUUGACAUGGUCGUUCCUAUACUCGAUAAGAUGAAACGUUAAUUUUUGAUACAAUUUUUUACAUCGUCAAAUUAUAAAAAAGAAAGAAAAGAAUUACAUAUUUCCAAAGAAACAUAAUGAGCUUAAUCAGAUUGGGCUUAUAAAACGUCUCGAUUAUUAGUCUCAAUUAAUCUGUGUCAGAUUGUCUUAUUGCUUCAAUUAAAAUGACUGAAGUAUAUUUUUUAUACAAUCGUAUUUGAAUAAAUAAUGUGCCUCGAAAAACUUUCAUAAUAUAAUAUUCAUAUAUUAUAAGCAAUUGUAUUGUUUAUUAUUUAUAAAAACGUCCGUAUAUAUUU